AUGCGUUACUCAACUCUCUCUCUCCUUGGUUUAGCUUCCGUUGUCACCGCAGCAUCCUAUGAUGAGGGUGAGGACGGUUUCUUUACCGACAGCCAGCUCAUUGCAGAAAUUGAUCUGUUCACUGCUAGAGCAGAUGUGCUGUCUGACUUUGAUGUCUAUGGGACCAUUGAAGCUGAUUCCCCUGCUGAGACUUCGUACGUCGUGUAUCUCGUGAAGAAGUAUGGACCUGAACUUUUGUCUAUUUACAGUGAGAAUGGGUACACUGGCUAUGGUGUUUUCGAUUAUUUUUCGGUAGACGAUUCAAUCUUGUCAAUGGCAUCAAUUAUAACAACCCAAGAUGGUGGAGAGAGCACGCCAUCUGCACAGGCCUCAAAUGCUGCUUCUGGAAGUGUUUCUAAGACUGGUUCCAGCAAUGCCUCCACCACUGGUGCAGAUAGUGCUAUUGGUGGUUCUGAAAGUGCUUCCGGGGCUCCCUCUGAAGCUUCUGGUCACCCACCUGUCCAUGGUGUCACUAGUCACGCUUCCAAUGGUUCGGCUGAUGCUACCACCGCUGGUUCUGGUGGUGCAGGUUCUGGCUCCACCUCUAAUGUUGCAUCCAUAGUAUCCAGUGCUUCUUUUGGAGGUGACGCAGGACACAACCGUCCAUUAUUGGCUGUGGGGGCUGUUCUUGGAGCCUUGCCUUUCUUUUUGUUGUGA